AUGUUUUUUUUGCGGGGAUAUUUAGAUGGAGAAGCAAAACGAAUAGUUGAUGGAAUUAAUAUAACUGCAGAAACAUAUGCAACAGCAAAGGAUAUUUUGAAAUCAAAAUAUGGCGAUAAAGAUAAAAUAAUACAGGCUCAUCUCGAUUAUUUAGAAAACCUAAAACCUGUCAAAAGUCACUCUCCAGCAGCAAUAAAUGAGUUAUAUAUUGAUUGUAAUCGAAGAAUACAGGCUUUAGAUGCUUUAGGAGAAAAAACUCAGUCAUACGGAAGAAUUUUGGCUCCUAAAAUACUUCGUGCUUUUCCUCAUGAAAUCUAUCGUAAUUGGAUUGUGCACGCCAAACGUGAAAAUUUUGCCGAAAGCGAUAUUUCAAAAUUAAUGAAAUUUUUAUCCGAAGAGGUCGAGGGAGCAAUUACUGCAAGUAAUAUUAAAGGUUCACUAUCUCCAGACUAUCCAAUUAAAUCCGCCUUAGAAAAUUUUAAUGUGAAUUCUAAAUCAGUUACCAAAAGUAAAACAAUGUCACCCUUUUGUCCUUUCUGUGAAACUGUCGGACAUUGGCCUCAACAGUGCAAUGUUGUAACGGACAUAGACGUGCGCAUACAGAAAUUGAAGACUAGUAAUAGAUGUUUUUUGUGCACUAACCGAGGACAUACCAAAAAAAAUUGCCAUCGUAGAGAAAAUUUUGGCUGUUCCAAAUGCAAGAGAAAGCACUAUACAUCAAUAUGCAAACCUCUAACCAAUGAGCAGCCUGUGGCUACAUCUAUAAACAAAAUUGAUGUAUCGCCUUCCAGUUUCGUUCAUUUGCAAACUGCACGAGUUUUCAUAACUGGGCCCACUGGCAUUACAAAGCUGACACGUUGCCUUUUAGAUGCUGGAAGUCAAUCUUGUUUCGUUUCUUCUAAUCUUGUGGAUACUUUAAAAUUUCCAGUCAUUUCAACUAGACAUUUGGACAUUCAAGCCUUCGAAUCCCCAGCUAAUGUCGAUACAAGCAAAGACAAGCCAAAUUUCAGUUAUCAAGUAUCUGGGACAAAUCUAAAGUUAAUAUUACUGCAUUUGAAAGCUCCAACAAAUAUGCAUCACACCUACCUUCAUCAACGGAUGUUUCACUCUUUGCUAAAAACAAGCGAAUGA